AUGGAUGAUAUAAGCGACUGGUCAGGGGCAAUGCCUACAGACGUUGAGUAUCUUGAUGAUAAUUUUAAUGUUGAUGAUAUGUUAGACGAAGCCUAUGAGAAAAAGAUAGUAAAUAUUGACGAAGAAAAAAUGAAUACAGAAACAACAACAUCGUCGGAAGUAGAAACAAAAGUGGCAGACAGUGACAUAAACCCACCCGGUCAACCAAAAAUUUAUCAUCGUUGGACAAUCAAAGGUUAUUGGCAUGAUAAAUAUAAUAUUUUACCUGAUGGAUGGGUAGAGGUAUUUCAUACAAGUGGUUUGCCACUCUAUUUUCAUAAGCAAUCACGUGUUGUAAGUUUAUCGAGACCGUACUUUCUCGGUUCAACCAGCGUUCGACAUCAUCUCAUACCAAUUACGGCCAUACCAUGUUUGUAUUUAAAAAAAUUACAAGAAGAACAAUUUCAGUCAUCAACUACUACUGUGACUGAUCUUAUCGAUAAGAGCAAUACUUCAUCUGGCACAGCCACUUCUCCACUUUUACAAACAAAACAAAACGAAUGUCCAUUUCAUAAGAAGACGCCAUCAACUAUCAAAAUAGAAAACAAUCAUAAUAUCACGAAUAAUAAGCGAAAAAAACGAAAAAUGAGUGAAUUAGAAGAUGGCGAAAUUUCAUCUCCAAAACCGCUGGAUGAUGUUGAUGAGGGUGAAAUAAAAUCACCAUCCACACAAGAGAUAUCUUCUAUAGUAUCAUCAUCUCCGCCACAACUACCAGAAGAAACAUUACUUGAUGAAUCUGAUAAUCAAGAAAAUGUAAAUAAAACAAAAGAUUUACCCAAAACUGACAGUCGCACAGAAGAAAAACAACAACAGUUGCCUGUUUCAUUACAAAUAUUAUCAAAUUCAACAUUGGACGAAACGAUACGAAAUUCCGUAUUAACCGCCGAUGAAUUACGUAAUUAUUGUGAAAAACGUUUUCAAUUUGAAAAACGUGAAUUUAAAUUUUUUCCAUCAUUGGGUGAUAAAUGGCGUUAUAUUCGACAAGUACAAAUGAAAAAACGUGAACAACAAAUACCAGCUGACGCAAAAGUAAUUGAAUUACAUACAAAUAAUACAUUGUCAACAACAACGACAGCGAACGAAAAUACAAUAGCAACAAUAACGACAACAACAAAAACAUCUUUGUCAAAUAAACCACCGUUGACAAUGACCAAUAAUAAUACUAAAACAGUUUCUUCAACAGUGAAUAAUGAUACAAAUCAAGCAAAAAAAGUCACAAUUGAUUUAUAUCCGAGUAAAAGUCCAAUUGCUCUAUUACAGGAAUAUUCGUUUAAAGUAUUAAAAUCAAAUGUCAAAUAUGAUUGGUUUACGACGGAUGUAUCAAAAGAACCAUUUGGUUGCCGUGUUGUUGUCGGUGAUGUUUUGUAUGGUACAGGCAUUGGACGCAAUAAACGCACAGCAAAACUGCACGCAACAGAAGAAUCUCUCAUUAUUCUUUUACCACAAUAUAAAAAAUUAAUCGAUCAGCAACAACAACAUCAACAGCAAGAUAAUUCUACUACCACUGUAUCAACACCAACCACAAAACAACAAUUACAAGAAACUUCAAAACAAGACGAAGAAACAACCGGAGAAAUAUCAACUACAGUCCCCCAACAACAACCAAAAACAUUUGUUGAUUUAGGUGACAAUUUAUUGGAUGAAUAUCGUAUCGAAGAUUUUAACAUUUACGAUGUUUGUAUUACGUUGGGUAAACCAACGCCGUAUCAAAUGCUAGAGAAAAGUUUAACAUACAAUGCGUUGACACGUGGUGAAAGUCAAAUUAAAAUGUCUAUGUCAAAAAAGCCAAUGUUUACCACAAUCACGUUAGAAAUUGGUACCGAUUAUAAAGAGCAAGCACAAGCAAAAGAUAAAAUACAUGCAAAAAAUUUAUGUGCACAAAAAUUAUUAAAAAAAUUACAUCCACAUUUACAAACAUAUGGUUCAUUAAUACGUUUAUAUGAAAAAAAUGCCAAUACAUAUAGACGUGUUCGUGUUGAUGAUGAAUUGGCUGAAAUUGUUAGACAAGCGAAAAAAAAUGAACCAAAUUAUGCACUGUUAGCAAAAUUAAAAGAAGAAAUGUUAAAAUUGAAAGUAAAAUUAGAAGAGAAAACAAAAGAGAAGGGUGGGAUUGAUGACAGGAGAAAACAUGAAAAUUAUUCAAUUCACAUUGUAGAUGUUGAUGAUGAACUUAUUGGCCGUGUUGAUACUAAGAAAUAUCAACCAUUAUAG